UCCAGCUGUGAGGGAAAUAUCGCGUUUACUCCGACUCUGUGAAGACAGAGUUAUCGCGUUACUUUAUCUUCUACCGCAAAGUGCAGCCUUUCUUUGCGCGAGCAGCUAAUCGACGACGCAGCGGGACAAGUUAAGCUGAGAUAAGACAUUCUCCAGAGGAGAAGAGGAAUUUCCCUUCACUUUGACCAAGUUUUCGGCAGACAUUAACUGACAUUUACUUCCUGUCCUUCAGAAUAGACUUGAUUCUUUAUCUUGACUCCGGUACUAAGCGUCCUGACGCCAGAGAGCAGCUCCGCUUGGUGACGUCAUGUCUCAGAAGUCACAGUCCGACGGUGGUCAGAAACACUUCGCUGUGGGUCGGGGGCUCCUGGCUGCUGCAGAGACCUUAAACUUUAACAUGAACGAGCAGCGUUCCAGCCGUCAGAUGGGGGGCAUGGCAGCAGGCAUGGGGAUGGGUGGUGGCGGCGGCAGCGGGGAAGGCAAGGACGGCGACGCCCAGAUGCCCCGACGUGGCGGCGGCGGCAGCAGCAAUCUUGGCAGCACCAUGAAACUUUUUGCCAGUUUGGGGCUGUCGCCCUCUGACCUGGACGCUCUGGCAGAGAUCCCAGAAGAGGACAUCAGCGUGGAGACGCUGCCUCAGAUCCUCAUGCAGCUCAAGAGCCGCAAGGGGGAGGCAGGAGAGCGGCGAGCAGCUUCGUCCAUGUCCUCUGAUGCUGCGUAUCGAGGAGGAAGGGAAGGCUGGGAAGAGGGGCAUGCGGGGAGGAUGGGGGGUCCUUCUAUGGGUCAGGGCUCGGCCCGGGCCCAGCCCUCUGCAGACUUUGGGUUUGGUUCCAUGCAGGACGUCUCCUCCAGCCGAGGCUACAACUUAAAUUACAGCGGCGGUGGUGGUGGGAACAGAGAGCGGCCGUAUUCUGAGCUUUCUCACCAAGACUCCUACGGCGGGAUUGGUAUGGGGCCUUCGCCGUCCGACUCCGUCUUUAUGCAGAGAAGGAUGGGCUCCCCGUCCAAUGGAAAAGUCCAAGACUUCUUGGGAGUCAUGCCCCCCAUGUUCCCCCACGUGUGCUCUCUUUGUGACUUUGACGUUCAUUCCACCAUGGAGUGGAACCAGCACACUAACGGACUCCGACAUGCUGAGAACAGACGGCAGCUCCUUGACAUGUAUCCAGACUGGGAUCCCAGCAUGGUCCCAGGAAGAGGCGGAGGUCUUCUGGAGACCCCCAACCUUUCUGCAGGCUUGCUGGGACCGAGCCCCAUGUCUUCAGGACAGCCAGGAGGAAUGUCCUCCAGCUGGGGAGGAGGAAUGUCUGGGAAGAACCAGCCGGGACCGAGCAAGGUGAGGAGCAGGGUGGUGGUGGUGAAAUACGACAGGAAGCCGCUCAGCAACAAGACGCUGUUCUCCUUCACCGAACCGUUCGGCUGCCUGAGGGAGCAUCUGGUCCUCAAAAACAAGGCCUUCCUGGAGAUGAGCACCCAUGAAGAGGCUCAGGACAUGGUCAACUACUACGAGCAGCACCCGGCGGCUCUCUAUGGAAAACCCAUCACCUUCUACCUGUCCCAGAGGCUGCUGGUCAUCGAGAAAGACGACCGGCCGUCGGACAAGCUGAUGGACCGACCCGUCAGAGACAUCAAAAGUCACGGCAGCAAAGUGGUCUUCUUCUCCAACCUGCCCCGAGAGGACGAGAAGAAGAGGGAGCUGCUGACCAUCGCUGGACGCUUCGGCCUGGUGGAGAAACACCUGUUUCUAACCGACCAGGCGUUUGUCCAGCUGGGAACCGUGGAGGAUGCUGAGAUGCUGGUGAAGUAUUACAGCGUGAAUCCCCUCACCAUCAAAGGACGGCCGAUCCGCCUCAACAUCUGUGCCAAAUACAAAACCCUUAAUCCACAGCGUGAACCGCCGACAGGGAGGAGACGCUCAGAACCGGAGGAGAGCCAAUGCCUCCUCCUCGUCCUCUCCAACUCCAGAACCUCCUCGUCCAAGUCCAGCUCCAAGACCAGAGACGAGAAGAAGAAGAAGGAGGACGAUGACAAGGCGAAGCCUGAGGAGAAACCGGCAGCAGCAGCAGCGAAGAAGAAGGAGGAGGAGGAGGACGAAGAGGACGAGGUGUCUGGAGUGCUGCAGGGAGGAGAGGAAGAAGGCGAGGAGGUAACUGAUGGAGACGCCGAUGGGGAGGAGCCAGAGGGGGCGGAGUCAGUGAAGGACACAGCGGAGGAGUCUGUGGAGGUUAAACAGGACGACAAGGAGGUUCCUGAUGCCGAUGACGUCACUGCUGACACACCUGGAGAGGUGGGCAGGGCCGAGGCCCAGCAGGGGGCGGAGUCAGAGGCCAAAACGGAGCCGCAGGAAACCGAAACCUCGACCGACGAACACAAAGACGAGGCGCCGGCGGACGCAGCGGAGAGCUCGGAGGCAGCGGAGGGAGAUCUGCCUGAACACAUGUUUGAUCAGGACUUCCUGGAGAACAUGGAGGACUUUGUGACGCUGGACGAACUGGGAGAAGACGAGGACGAAGCCGGGAACAACUCAAGACGAGGGGGUAUGAGGGUGGUCAACAUUGUGGGCUUCAGGAGGGGUCAUAACUUCCUCAACGAGCUGCUGGGACUCUCCAAACCUUUUGGUAAAGUGGUGAAACACCUGGUGCUGGACUUACGGCCGGAGGCGUUCCUUCAGUUCGCCUCGGAGGAAGAAGCUCGGGCAAUGGCCAAGUUCUACAACGGCAACGUGGUGGCGUCGGUGUGCGGCCGCCCGGUGAGGGUCAGCCACUCCAUGAGCUACCCCACCAUCCAGUGCGGCUCCAGCAGAGUGGUCUACGUCGGUCAGAUCCCCAGCACCAAAUACUCAGACGAGGACAUCCUGAAGCUGGCCGAGCCUCACGGGAAAGUCCGCAAAUACUUCUUGAACCGGAUCCGAAGAGAGUGCUUCAUCGAGAUGGAACGAGCCGAGGACGCCGAGAAGAUGGCAGAGACUUACAAAGAGAAGCCGCUGAGGUUCAACGGGAAGCGACUGACGGUCUACGUGAGCAGGAAGUACCGGCAGCUCAAACACGGACAUCGAUGUCCGAGUGCACCGAAGAGACUCAGCUCACCGCCCAAAUCCUCCCAACAACCCGAAGAACCUCCAGCCAAGAAACCCAGAGAGGAAACCGGAGGGGAGGAAGGGGAGGAGCAGAAGGAGGAGGAGGAGCAGAAGGAGGAGGAGGAGCAGAAGGAGGAGGAGGAGCAGAAGGAGGAAGAGGAGAAAAUGGUGGAGGAGGAAAAGGAGGAGGUGAAGAAAGAGGAAGACGUUCAGAGCUGCGAAGAAAAGACAGAAGAAAAGGAGAAGAUUCCUGAAGUUUGUGAUGAGAAGCAGAAGAUCAACGAAGACGACGACAAACAGGAAGAGCAGCCGGAGGACAUGGAGACGUCGACCAAUCAGAACGGACAGAACGCCGCCGACACCAAACCCAGCGUGGCGUCUCUGCCGCUGCCGGCCUACGACCCCGACAACCCGAUCGGUGUGGAACACGUGAAGAUGGGCUACUACUGCCGGGUCUGUUUCCUGUUUUACUCCAACGAGGAAACGGCCAAGAAAACCCACUGCAGCAGCCAGAUGCACUACGACAAGCUACAGAAACACCUGGAGAAGGAACAAACCAGAUCAGAGAAGAAGAAGGGGAGGAAGACGACUGCGUGACGAGGCAACUUCCUGUUUUUAUUUCACAAUAAAAUUCAAACUCAGACUCUGAUAGUCGCAAACAAGAGCAGCUGUUUGGGGAAAAAAACUUUAAAAAAAAUCUAAUCCUCCCGUCUCUACAGCGAUCAUUAUCAGCUCUAAUACUGAUCAAACAGAGCAACAGGAAGUCCAAACUACCGAUCAAUAUUCAAAGAAUUAAAGACUGUCCGUUGUAGCUUCAGCAGAGGAAAUAUUUGUUUUGUCUUUAAAACAUUUUUUUGCAUCUAAAAAAGCUAACACGUCUGUGGAACUACUUCCACAGAGCGUAUCCUUCUAACAAAAAGCGGAAGGAUACGCUCUGGAGAAAUAGUCCCAUCAUGUAGCUUAAAAAAGGUUUACCUACAAGUGAAUGUUUUCUGGUUUCUUUCAUCGUCAGUAACAGCAAACUGAACAUCUUUGGAAAAAAACAAGAUGUUUUCCACCAUUUUCUGAGAGUUUAAGAGACCAGACAGCUGAUCGGUUCAUCCAUAAAGUCAUUAAGCUACUAUUGGUCUUGUUUUUGAAAAGUCAGAAUUAUCUUUACUGUUUUGACUCAAUGUCCACCAGUGAACCAUCUGGAGCUGCAACCGUUUGAAUAUUAGUUUUUUGUCCUCUUUACGACAGAAAACUGAACAUCUUUGAACAAAACCAGACGUUUCUUUUAAUUACGUGUAUCCUUCCGCCUGCAGGGUGGAUGGAUGCGGUGAGGAAGUAGUUCCAGCCGGUUCGCUGCUUUAAACUGUUCCUGUCACUUCUCUCGCUCCGUAUUUUCUGUAUUUUCAUGUUUUAGAAAAUAAACCUGUUUCCUCAGA